AUGGCUGUUGAACUCGACGAUUUUGGCCUACCCAUAAGGCAAUAUACCGCCCCGAGCUCCACCGCCUCUGAAAGCGGCCGUUCGGCGCUCCUCCAGCCAGGGCCCCAGCCGGCUCACCCGGUCGGCCCGGCGAUUCCUUCUGCCCAAGUCACUUCCAAGAAAGAGAUGGAAGCUGAGAAGGGCGAGGUUCAGGGCGGAAAGCCAGGCGCCCCGAAAGAUUCCAAGACCGGCAACACCGACGGGGAAGAUUCGGACGUGUUCAAGGACGCUGUCGCGACACAACCGGAUGACACUGACGAUGACGAUGAACCGCUAACACCGAUGCCGCCGCUUCCUCAGACCGAGACCCAAGGGAAGCCCUCUGCACCCAACGCUGCUCAAUCAACCCAGCCUACGGAGGCAGAGAGCGAGGCAGCGCAGAAACAGAGAUCGGCCACCCUUACGUCUACCAGCUCGAGCAAUGCCAACGGCGUAUCUGAAUUCUCUCACCAACAUGUCAUCACAAAACAUCACGAAAAGGAGGAAAGCGACAGUGAAUGGCAAGAAAUGCCAUCUUAUGCGAGGUAUGACAUGUAUGACGACGACGACCGGCUGAUUGCGCGAGAGCACGAGGUGGAAGAGGACGAGAAGCACGAAUAUGCCGGUCUCGGGGGCGCCGGAAAGGGAUACACCCGAGUAAUCAUGGAUGACGACGCCGAAUCGGCGACAAGCAUGGACGACAACACCAAGUAUCUCUUCAAGGACAUCAAGGGAACGAGCAUGAUGGAGGAGGACGAGGAACAGCGCGAUACCGUGUCUCAGAUGCAGGCAACCAAAGACCUCUUGACCGAAGGCCAGAGGAUAGCGUAUGUGGGCGUGGUCCGCCUCGAGAUUCACUCCAUGGUCAAGGAACAAGAGGCCGUGGAGCAGACCAGGAAGAGCAAGAAGCUCGUCAAUAUCUCGGCAGAGGCUGGCAAAAUGUGGGCGCAGAAGAUGAUGAUUAGGGUUUAUUCCCACAUGGAUAUUAGCCAAGCCGAACAAGUCAUGAUUGAGCAGCUCGCCGAGCACGGCGUAAUGCCCACCGACCUUACCCCAAUUCUCAUGGCCAACUCGCGAGUCAACAAUCCCAUGGCCGAGAAACCCACGAUCGCGGCUGAACCCCCGCCACCCUACGAAACCCACGAGGGAGAAGAUCUGCCCGGGGUCAUGACCCCGUCCCAGCUUCCCACCUCGACGAAGCUCGAUAUCGAUCUCCGAUGGACCGUGCUGUGCGAUCUCUUCCUCGUGCUCAUCGCCGACUCCAACUACGACGCGCGAUCUAGGCAACUCCUAGAGCAGGUCGGCAAGGCCAUGGAAAUUUCCUGGAUCGAUAUCUGUAGGUUCGAAAAGCGCGUGACGGACGCUCUUGAGAUGCAGCAGGAGGCCGAGAAGGAGAACUGGAAUGAGGACGACCAUAUGGAGGAGCGAAGAAAGCUAGCGUUGAAGAGGCGGUACGUCAUGAUGGGCCUUGCUACCGUCGGCGGAGGCCUAGUCAUUGGUCUUUCUGCCGGUCUCCUAGCACCCGUGAUCGGUGCCGGCCUCGCCGCCGGAUUCACCACGAUCGGCGUAACAGGCACCGGCAGCUUCCUCGCGGGCGUGGGAGGGGCGGCCGUGAUCACCUCUUCGGCCGCCGCGUCGGGCUCCAUCAUUGGCGCCAGGGCGGCUAAUCGACGUACCGGCGCCGUACGGACUUUUGAGUACCGACCCCUCCACAACAACAAGCGCGUGAACCUCAUCAUCACCGUGGCGGGGUGGAUGACGGGCAAGGUGGACGAUGUCCGCUUGCCUUUCAGUACGGUUGACUCUGUCAUGGGGGAUAUUUACUCGGUAUUGUGGGAGCCGGAAAUGUUGAAGAGCAUGGGUGACACGAUGAACAUCCUCGCUACCGAGGCCCUUACUCAGGGAUUGCAACAGGUUCUGGGAAAUACCAUUCUGGUGUCCUUGAUGGCUGCACUACAACUUCCCGUCGUGCUAACGAAGCUGUCGUAUCUAAUUGAUAAUCCAUGGGCCGUAUCCCUCGAUCGUGCCACGGCGGCCGGCCUGAUUCUCGCGGAUUCCCUGAUUGAUAGGAAUCUUGGCACUCGGCCGGUGACGCUCGUGGGCUAUUCCCUGGGUUCCCGAGUCAUCUUCUCGUGCCUCCAGGAGCUUGCCAAGAAGGGAGCGUAUGGAUUGGUCCAGAAUGUCUACCUGUUCGGCUCCCCCGUGGUGGUCAAGAAGGACGAGUACUUGAAGGCGAGGACGGUGGUGUCGGGCAGGUUCGUCAACGCGUUCAACCGCAACGACUGGAUCUUGGGCUAUCUCUUCCGGCUGACGAACGGAGGAAUCCGGCGAGUUGCCGGUCUGGGACCGCUCGAUGAGUGCCCCUGGAUCGAGAACGUGGACGUUACGGCCCUCGUCAACGGCCACAUGGACUACCGAACCAAGAUGCCUAGGCUCCUUCGAGAGUGUGGCUGGCUCGUGGAAAGCGACGAGUUUUCGGAAAUCGAGGAUCCCGAUCCGGAGAACCACACGGAGCGGCAAAGAGAGCUCAUCAACGAAAUCGAAGAGGCUCGCAGGGAGUUGGAAAAGGAGGGCAAGGAAAGCAAAGGCGGCAGUCGGUUCAGCAUCUUUCGCCGAAAGAAGGCGCUCGAGCGUGCCGAAUGGGAGGUUUACCAGGACUCUCUGGGCAAGGAGGGAGGAGCUCAAGUCGACGCUACCACCGAUGAAGCUCGACCUCCGGCCAUCCCCAAUUGUCCCACCCGCGGCAUCACCCGGGGGCGGAAGCUCCGGAUACACAUCGCACACGCCCAGCCCUCCGCGGACGGCAAUCCCGACGAAUCUAGCGGAGCCCAAAUCCACGUGGGGACCGUCGCGGAUGGGGAGCGACGCAAGCCUACGCAAGGUCUCUUCAGAACGGACACCUACGCUGCCCAAGGACCAGGAGCUUGCGCGGUCCCCUACUUCCAGCAUACGCACGACCCGAUGGAGGACGAAGUACAGAUGACGUUCGACACAGGCUUCAGCCAUAAGCCGGCGUCGCCUCUCCCGCCCACAUCACCUCUCCCGCCGGCGCGGUCGCCAUCGCCUCCACCGCCGGCCCCACUCCCGAAAGAUGAUGACGACAGACACCACGGCGGCGGCGGCGGCGCGACCAGUGGCGGAAAUACUGGCGGGAAGCCUCAGGCGGUACCGACCAUCGCCAUCGCGGAUCCAUGGGCGGAUCCUGACGACGAGGAUUUUGGCCAAGAGAAGGAAAUACAAAUGACUUUUGCAUAG